AUGUUUCGUCUCCCGAUAGUGCGCGCGUUCUUCCGCGCAUCGCCCCAGCCGGUCACGGCUCCCUCGCUCCUCUACUCUACCCGCAUCCCCUCUCACAUUCCUCGCUCCACACCUCUGAUCCGACGUCUGUCGUCAAGAACUCGUGGGACCUCUUCAACGGUCUUCUCGCCUUCGAGACACUUUUCUCGUCAAUCGCAGUCCCGGCUUUUCUCCGAGUCCGCCCGCAGCCGUGCGAAGUAUAAUCGAUUCGAAGAACCGCAGUUUCCCAGACUCCAAGAUGGCGAGCAUUUGCAGCUCUGGCUCGUACUCAUUGCCAUCGGAGGAAGCUUCUAUGUCUAUAAUCUGGAGACUGUGGAGCUGACCGGCCGCACUCGAUUCAACUGCGUAUCCGACGAGCUCGAGAAACAGAUGGGAGACCACGAAUACCAUGCAAUCAUGAACAGAGCUGAAGGCUUGAUUCUACCUCCGUGGCAUCAUAUCUCUGAAGAAGUGACCCGAGUCUUCGAGCGGCUGAUCGCUCAUACACCCGUCCAAGACACGAAAUGGGAGGUGCACGUUAUCAACGAUAUGUCGGAGCAGAACGCAUUUGUCCUUCCGAAUGGAAAAGUAUUCGUGUAUACUGGCAUCUUGCCGGUUUGCGGAAAUGCUGAUGGUCUUGCGGCGGUGCUGGGCCAUGAGAUCGCUCAUGUGCUGGCCCAUCACCAGGCUGAACGUAUGAGCCAUUCUGUUCCCAGUGUCAUUUUGACCUAUGGGCUGGUAUAUCUGCUUGGCGGUCUCGGACAUUUCGCGUCUCAGAUGUUGGAUUGGUCUGUCAAUUUGCCAAACACACGGGUGCAGGAGGCUGAGGCAGACAACAUCGGGCUGAUGCUAAUGGCCAAGGCUUGUUACAACCCCCGUGCCGUAGUUGAUUUCUGGAACCACAUGCACAAGACUGAAAGAGUUCGUGUGCCUGAGUUCAUGUCCACACAUCCAUCAGCAUUCAACCGAAUGCAAUCAAUGAGCGAAAGGCUAUACAAAGCCGAAUCCCUGUACGAAAACAGCGGAUGCCAUAUGGUCAGAGGCUACAUCCCUGAUUUCACCGACGCAGUCGACCACUACGCAGGUCCCCAGGAGAGAGCUCCCCCUAUCAGGAGCCAUCAUCCGAGAGGUGGUCACCAUGGCAGAGGCCAUCAUGAACAAAUCCAGCCUGGUGAUAGCUCAGACGGCGAUUACUUCUUCUGA